AUGGGCCGCCCUCUGCGCGUGGUGAUCGCCGGCGGCGGGCUCGCGGGCAACGUGCUGCUGCGGCAGCUACGGCGGUUCGGGCCGGAGCUGCUUCAUGUCAGGGCAUUCGAGCGGCGGCCGUUCGAGCUAGCCAGCCCGCCGGGGCUGAACGUGCUGCUCAAUCACAACGGUUGCGCCGCUCUCGCCGACACCGACCCCGAGCUCAUGGCUGCUAUCCGAGCCGUCGGCUUCGAGGCGAGGCUGGCAGGCGUGGAAGCUGCUGCCUCGCUCGGCUCUUAUGAGCUCUCUCAUGUCUGCCAGGUUCGCAACUGGAGCGCGCGCACGAUGGCGGGGGACGUGCUCUAUCACCUGGAGGACGUCGUGCGCGACGGCCGCGCCGACGAGCCCUGCCUCGUCGCUCGCUGGGACCGCAUCCACGCUGCCACACGCUGCGACGACUUGGUCGAGUACGGCGCGGCAGCUCCGACUGGCUCGGCCUGCGCCCUGUGA